CGCGGUCCAUCAAUGCCACCCCCUCCUCCAGCGCCUGGCUCGAGAGCACCUGGAGGACCACCCCCGCCCCCUCCACCACCUGGCUAUCUAUUGCCCGAACAACCUGGGGGCAUUCGUCAUGCAUGUCGUGGGAAUAAGUUCGAUCUUGAAACGGUAUCGUCCCCAGAUACUUGCAGCUCCCCUGACAGCCGCCAUCUACCACAAGCACCACAAGUUGAAAGUAUUUAUCACCAACUUUCUAAGUUUGUCGGAUGA